CAGCGGCAGAGCGGAGCGGAGCUGUGAGGCGCCAGCGCGGAGCCGGCGGGCGGCGCGAGGCGGAGCACAGGCGGCCGGCGAAACUCCAAGGGCGGACCGCGGAAGGGAGCGAUCGUCCCCGGGCUGCAGGAGCCGGAGACCGCGGCGGCGGCGGCGGCGCUGCUGCAGCUGCAGGAGGAGCCCAGGGGACACCGCCCCUGCCUGUGCUCUGCCUCGGGCCAUCGCUGCUCCCCAGGGCCCAGUGCGGACUCGCCUCCUGAAGUGUCACCAUGUCUGACCGGAAGGCAGUGAUCAAGAACGCAGACAUGUCUGAGGACAUGCAACAGGAUGCCGUUGACUGCGCCACGCAGGCCAUGGAGAAGUACAAUAUAGAGAAGGACAUUGCUGCCUAUAUCAAGAAGGAAUUUGACAAGAAAUAUAACCCUACCUGGCAUUGUAUCGUGGGCCGAAAUUUUGGCAGUUACGUCACACACGAGACAAAGCACUUCAUCUAUUUUUACUUGGGUCAAGUUGCAAUCCUCCUCUUCAAGUCAGGCUAGGUGGCCGUGGUGAAGGUGUCAGUGGCGGCGGCAGCGAUGGCAAGCAGGCGGCGUUGCUGGGACUGUUUUGCACUGGGGCCAGCAUCAGGAUGUCCUCUCCAAUGGCUGUGCUACUGCAUGGACUGUAUACUCGAUUUCAUGUGUAUGUCGCAGUAAACAAAACCAAACCUCUUUCUGUUUAGUUGCCUGGGGGAAGAAGGCUGCUUUAUGUUUAUUUUUCAAGACUUUAAAAAUAUUUUUUGGUUGUAUUGCACUAGGAAAUCUCUCCCACCUCUCCCUUUUCUCUUUCUUUCCCUAUACAAAAUAAAAGGCCCUCCACAAAGACUAGGCGGCCGAAAGACUAGGAGGGCUGAGGAAAAGAAAUAGGUCUCUGGAGGUGGAACUAAAACUGUGCAGCUGCCUCUUCCUGGCGGUGGAUGCUGCUUUGGGAGGGCUAGGGAGGCUGCAGGGGGACAGUGUUGGGAUUGUCAAGGAAAAAGGGAUAGGAAGGAAGGUGGAGGGAUUGAUCUAGUACCAGGGAGAAUAUUCCACUGAACUGUGAUUCUAUGGCUUGGGGCGGAGGGUGGGGUGGGGAUGCCUUCUUUAGGGGCCCUGAGAUGUGUUUGUCUGUGGUGUGUGGGAGUGGGGAGCAGAUUUGUCUUGCUGUCUUUGUCAGAAUUUCUAAGUAAGGGCUGUGUCUUUGUGGAUUACCUUCUUUUGUUCUUCCUGCCAGAGAUCAUGACAGGAGGAUUCUGGGGUAGGAUUAGCUUGAAUCUUUUUUUUUUUCUUUACAUUCUUCUCCUGUCUGCUCCCUGCUUAGCCCUCAGUUUUCUCAUUCCUCUGGAGUUCUCUUAGAGCAGCCCCUGUUGUUAGUUGGCUGUCAAGGGAAUUUCUGGUGACUGUAGUUCCUUAGUUAGGUCUUAGCAAUCAAACCAAAUUGAUGUCUCCCUUGAUUCUUCUGUGUAUAUGUGUGUGUGUGUGUGUGUGUGUGUGUGUGUGUGUGUGUGUGUGUGUGUGUGGUUUGGGGUAGAGGGGAGGGAGGGGGCAGGACAGUGUGGAAUCUCUAGGGUGUAUUGGUAGGUAGGGGACACAGUUAGUUCUAAGUGGGCCUUUAUGUUAAAAGCCUCUGGGGAUAUCUGUUUUGGAAAUAAAGAUAAGUGUCCCCUCCUUGCUGUCAUCUAGCCCAGACACUCCGCUUGCUCUCUGGCUGUCUGCUCCCUGGAAAGGCUUUAGGAGGACCACCCAGGACAGGAUGACCAUGCUGCCAUCUGCUCUGGAGCUGGGUCUCAGUGCAGAGGGACAGUGACUGUGGAUGGUUGCAGUCUCUGGUGGGAGGUGAGGAUAGAAGUGAUAAAGAGCUAAGAGGAGCUUCUGGGAGCCUUGGAGGAGGUCAGUCUUGCAGUGAUGAAGCCAGGACAUAGCAGGAGAUGGAGCAGGGCUGUGAGAGGAGGAGAUUCUGAGGAGGAUGCAGGGGAAAUCUUGUCUGUUAAUGAAAUAGGAGUGGGGUGGGGUUUGGGGUGGGGUAGUCAUUGCCGUUUGAGCUGCUGAUUUUCAUGAGUCGCCUUCAAAACUCUCGUGUAGGGUUGACAACGUUGGGGGUGGGGGAUCCAGCUUAUUCUUUUAUUUUCAAGUCCAUUCUUGGGGCUGGUGAGAAGGCAGGAGAAUACCCCUCCCUAAGCCCUUAGUGUGUGCCGAGCUUGCUUUGUGAUGUUGGCAGGGGAGGGGGGACCUGGGUGGUGACUGAAUUCCCUUUAUCAAACCCUUCAAUGGGCACAAAAUUGAGUGCUUGAUUUUAGGUUUUAUUUUUUUAUGAAUGUCCAAAUAUGUGUUUCCCCCUGCCCUCCCAGACUGUGUGGCCAGUUGAAAGUGUCUGGUUUGUGUUCAUCUCUCCCUCAUUUCUGGAGCAGGGCCUGAGACCCUGCCACAUCUCCUAUGCUCUGCAUCCACGCCUCUUUUGGACAUUAAAGGUUGAUUGAUGCA